ACGUCGCAGAAAAAGGUCUUUUCCCUCGUGGGCGUCGCGACCGGUUUCUUGCGCUUUAGCUACGUUGGCGAAGUGGGGCUCUGCAAGCGGUGCGAGGGGUCGGUCCUCGGCGGCGGCCAUGUAUUAUAAAUUCAACGGCUUCACGCAGAGAUUGAUCGGAUCCGGCGCUUCCGUAGCCUGCUCUCCACAGGGAUUCAAGCCAACAGUAUCUGUGGAGUCGUCUCUGAUAUCUGCAACAUCGACAAGACCUACUUUGGAAAGAACGCCACCAGUUCAAGGUUUUAUUAGAAGCAAAGCACCAGAACUACAGAAGUUAUAUCAGAAUGAUGGUUUGCGAGUACAUCUGAAACGAGGCCUUCCUGAUCAGCUUCUCUACCGGAUCGCUAUGACACUAACAAUAGGAGGGACCAUCUCCUGUCUGAUAGCUUUCUACAUGAUGGCUAAACCAGAAAGAAAAAAGGAAUGAUACCUGAUGAGUAGGGACUGAUAGCUAUCCUCUGGAAAGAGAGCUUGUAUUUAAUUGCCUAUCUUUACCCUUAAUCAUGGGACUGCAGCAAAUUCUUGAGAUUCCAUCUAGAGACUUAAAACAUGUUUAGGAGAAAUGUGACUGUUCAGUCCUUUGAAAAAUAAGAGUAAAGUUAAUCCCAGAUUUUGGGCGGGGGGGGGGAAGGAUAAUUUCCUAUUUGGUUUUUCAAAUUACUCUUCACCACCCCAUCAAAAAUAAUUUUGAAAGAGAUGGCGUCAACCUGUGGAAAUUCCUGACAGCAAGGCCUGACAGGUUGAUUAUGGGAAAUGGAAUGAUAUCAUUGUUCCGUAUCUUAGCAUCACUCUCUUGAGCAAAAGGUUGACAGUAUGCUGAAUUACUACUGAGUCUGUCCUAAAUAACUAACAAAUUAUUUUUCUUAACAGUACUCUUCAAAAUUUAAUAUUUGUGCCCCUUCUCAAAUUUACAGCCUGUGGUUUUGAGGAAUCAUUUUGAGCAAAGAGUCAUGUUGUUCCAGCCACUUGCUAGCAUUGUGUUCUGAAGAUCUUUAUUUCAAUCUCAGUUAUAGACCUGCAGGCUUCAUUAGUUUUGCUCUUCAAAGUGGAGUGUGUUGGUAGGUUCCAUGCAGCUACCUCUAACACCACUAUGAUUCCCUACUUCUCUCUUAAGUCGUGUUCGCUUAAACAGUGAAAUAAAGACAACUAUACAAAUGCAGGACCCUUU